AUCAUGGCACAAGCCAUUAUUUUACUUGUGUGCUGUAAAAGAGUGUGAUAAACUGUCAGAAAGCAAGAAAACAAUUGAGGUCUUGGACAACAUUGAAGAGCACAUCUAUAUUGAAAGUCUUUUUGAUUUCAGAAAAAGGCUAAGACAGCUCAUAAUAGUCAUAGCUCAUCAUGCUGGACCUCCAGCACUGCACUGAGUCCCGGAGGCCUCUGACUGUCCAGCACCAUGGCUGAGAAGACGGUGGAGUCGCUGUCGAAGGCUCUGGACUGCGUGCAGCAGCUGAGGACCAGUGUCUGUGACGUGUUCCGCUACAUGACCGAGGGUAACUCGGAGUCGGGGGACGAUGACACGCAGCGCAAGCAGUACGUCAUCAACCUGAAGGAGACGCUGAACACGGUGACGCGGCGACUGCAUGAUGUGGAGGAGAGCGUCAACAAGCUGUCGGUGCCGUCCGGCGCCUUUCAGCUGGGGAACACCGGCUUCCUCAGUCUGGAUCCAACGCUGGACAUGCAGGUACUGUACGGCCGCCUGCUGGACAGCUACAAGUGGACGGAGAAGGUGCGCGACUACUCGGCGUUCGCGGUGCCCAUCUGGGCACAGAACGGCGUCAAGCGCUCGCAGCAGACGGCCCUGGUGCGGAAGCGGCGCAUGGCGCAGACGAGCCACUGCCAGCCGCCGCAGCAUGUGGACGCCAUACUGAAAACCAUCGGCGGCACCUUCAACGGCAUGCAGCUGAGCAUCAGCCGGCCCUACGGCACCAACUCGGCCGUCGUACAGGUGGACCUCGACCACGUCCUGAAGGCGGUCAUCACCUUCAAGGGCCUGCUGAUCGAGUGGGUGCUGAUCCGCGGCUACGACGAGCCCAUGCUGACAGAGGACGGGCGUGUGGACCUGUGGACGCCCUCCGAUUACCACGUGUUCCGGAAGGUGUCGGAGAACGCCCAGGCGGCGAUGGUGCACUACUACGGGCCGUUAUACCCCGAGUUCUCGCUACGCUCCUACCUCACCUGGAUCUACAGCUACAUGAAGCUGUUCUCGGAGCCGUGCGUCAAGUGCGGCAGUCGCCUGCUGAACGCGAUGCCGCCCACCUGGCGGGAUCUCAAGACGCUGCAGCCCUAUCACGAGGACUGCAAGUCGUGAGCUGCGCUGGUCACGGGGUCUAUACAUAAACUGUGGGGAGGGUGGGUUGUGAUCUGUGCUGAUGAAACGGAGGGCAAUGGACAGGGACCACAGAAUACUGGGCCAGGGAUGAGCUACACUUGGCUGUUCUGUUUUGAAGCGGUGUGAGCCGAGAUGGGCACAACAGCUUCGCCGUCGGAGCAGUCUUAAACUCAAAGAAGCAAGGCGUGCUUAUCGGUGAGUACAUACAGACGCUCCGUACCGCUUGAAUCGCUCUGAGGGUCGCUAGGCUAUCGCCUAUGACGUGCUCUGGCCUGGCUAGUAGUGCUCUGGUAGUGCUCGCCUCGACUAGUAGUGCUCGGACAUGACUGUUGCAGCCGCUGUUCUGAUACAGUUGUGGCGCAAACCAUGGGCCUAGUCCCCUUGUGCCCGGGUUACCGUUCUUUUUUU